CCGCGUGAUGCUCCGACGCCAGCCUCGCGCGGCGUGGUCGCGAGGCUUCCGACCCGCGCGUACGAGCCGAGGAAGGGCGGCGCCAGCAGCAGCGAGGACGCCUCGUGCCUCGUCUGCCUCGAGCCUUUCUGCGUCGGCGAGCAGGUGAUGACGCUGCCUUGUUUUCACAUCUUCCACGCGCACUGCGCCGCGCGCUGGCUCGCAGAGAGCGGCGUCUGCCCGAUCUGCAAGCACCGCGUC